GGCGGCUCCGCGCUCGCACUCCGGCUCGGCCGCCCCUGCGCGCUCGCCUCCUCCCGCCGCUCACGCCGCCGCCUCCGGGCCCCUCGCCGCCGCCGCCGCCAUGGACGCCAUCAAGAAGAAGAUGCAGAUGCUGAAGCUCGACAAGGAGAACGCCUUGGACCGCGCGGAGCAGGCGGAGGCCGACAAGAAGGCGGCCGAGGACCGCAGCAAGCAGCUGGAGGAGGACAUCUCGGCCAAGGAGAAGCUGCUGCGGGCGUCGGAGGACGAGCGGGACCGGGUGCUGGAGGAGCUGCACAAGGCGGAGGACAGCCUCCUGGCCGCCGACGAGGCCGCCGCCAAGGCUGAAGCUGAUGUAGCUUCUCUGAACAGACGCAUCCAGCUGGUUGAGGAGGAGCUGGAUCGUGCUCAGGAGCGUCUGGCCACAGCUCUGCAGAAGCUGGAGGAGGCCGAGAAGGCAGCAGAUGAGAGCGAGAGAGGCAUGAAAGUCAUUGAAAGCCGAGCCCAGAAGGAUGAAGAAAAGAUGGAAAUUCAGGAGAUCCAACUGAAAGAGGCCAAGCACAUCGCUGAAGAUGCCGACCGCAAGUAUGAAGAGGUGGCCCGUAAGCUGGUCAUCAUUGAGAGUGACCUGGAACGUGCAGAGGAAAGGGCUGAGCUCUCAGAAGGCCAAGUUCGACAGCUGGAAGAACAAUUAAGAAUAAUGGAUCAGACCUUGAAAGCAUUAAUGGCUGCAGAGGAUAAGUACUCACAGAAGGAAGACAAAUACGAGGAGGAGAUCAAGGUCCUCUCUGACAAGCUGAAGGAGGCUGAGACUCGGGCUGAGUUUGCAGAGAGGUCAGUAACUAAAUUGGAGAAAAGCAUUGAUGACUUAGAAGAUCAACUCUACCAGCAACUUGAGCAAAACCGACGCCUAACUAAUGAACUAAAGCUGGCCCUGAAUGAGGAUUAAAACUUACAUGAGAAAAUGCUAGGGCUGAACUCUAGGAACGGAGCCCAUUGCAGUCUUAAGACUGCCCAACCUUCAACUCCAAGGGUUGAAAACCAUUUGCUUUCUGCAAAAAUGUAAAGGAAAGGAGUUAGCUGCAAGCAGCCCUUGCCUGUAUUUCUCUCUAUAUAUAUCUGGAAUGAUUAAGUUCUCUUUAAUCCCAAACAUCUUUUACGGUAAAACAUGCAUAUUGUAUAUAUGGAUAAAUAUUUAUAACAGCCAACUCAACAUUCUUCUUUGAACUGAUGCAGAAUGAGAAGGAAAAAAAUUCCUCACAGAAGACUGAGUAUUACUUUAAAUAUAUAUAUGAUCUAUUCCAUGUACCCCUAACUCCCUCCCAUCUGGUGUAGUGUUUGAAAUAUAAUUAAAUGUACUUAUGCUUGGGCAAAAAGCUUUUGCAAACAGGACCUCAUGUCAGAAGUCCCUGGUUGUCGGAAAGGUAGGCUUUAUACAGUUUCAGUGUUGUUGCAACCUGGUGAGAAUGUUGUGCUAAUAAUAGAAUCAUUUAAAAAACAUUAAGAGAAUGUCCUAAUGCAAUGUGCAUGAAACAUGUCGAUAACUGUUCGUGAGCAACAGAAAUAAGUCAUUCAAAAAAGUCACCAGGAACCUUUAUGUCAUCGCUGCUUCCUGCGAGGUUGCGAUACAGCGCAGUUCCUAGACCUUUACCUGUCUGUAACUCCAGUGUCUGCUGGUGCCCUAUUAACUGCUCCAGUUUGUAGAACAGUCCUGCAAGCCCUUUGGGUUUUACCUACCCCUAUCCCCGCAACCCACAGCUGGCGACCCGUCCCCAGCGCCACCCUGCAUUUGAGUUCGAUCCUCAGGGUGGGUUGCUGGUGAUGGUGCCCCAACUGUGCUGAGAGCCUGUUGUGCCUGUGGCCCCUUGGGGGCCAAAGACCCCUUCCCUUUGGAGAUCUCUGUCCGGAAA